AUGGCUGAUUCAACCUUCGCUGAACACGUGGCAACCACCAAUACUCGACUAGCUUCCCUGAGAUGUAACCUAGUUGAUCCGAUGACGUUUCCGGAAGCAUGUAGUGAAUUGACGAAAUGGUGCACAGAUCAACGUGCAUUCACCGCCAAUUUCGAGGAUAAUCUGAUGGCCGCACUUGAGUGCGCAAUGGACUAUGGAACUCGGGAAAACUACGACUACAUGCUGACGCAUGGACUAGUCGGAGCAUGUUUCACUCAUCGGAAGCACCUUUCUAAAAAUUCGGCCAGUAACUCGCAUCGUCGCUGGUACGAACAAAUGCGUCGGUUGAAGAAGAACGGUGGAAAACGAAAACGCGCUCCACCGAAACCCAAAGAACCGAUUGUAGUCGUUCCAGUGCAGCAGACAAAUGGAGCACUUCCAGUGCUCACGUCACCAUGCGGUGGUCCUUCAUCGGCUGCUCCCCAACAGAAUGGAGCAGGACAGCCGAGUGCUGCUGAAAACAACAUGUUCUCGCCAACAAAUUCUGACGGCGAGGACGAGAACCCUGAAUAUACAAAGGAACCCACGUUUUCAGCCCCCGCUCGCUAUCAAUCAAUGUGGGCACCACCAGGGGUCCCUGGCUCUUCAGCCGGUCACAUGCAACCGGGAGGCGCCACUCCCUAUCCGGGACCAAUGAACCCUGGACAACAAGGCCAAGGGCCACAUCCAGGAAUGCCCGCUGCUUAUUCUGCUGGACAGAUGCAAUUGCCUUACGGACAGAUGGAAGGCAACCAUGCCAUGUACGAUCAACGAGCGAUGGCGAAUCAAAGAGCUGCGGCUGCCGCUGCUGCCGCUGGACGGCCUCAAGGCAUGAUGCCUCCUGAUUAUCCACAAAUGCCGAUGGGACAGAAUCCAAAUCAAAUGAUGAGAAUGCCAGUUCAAUAUCCUCCUGGACACCCCCAAAUGCCAGGACACCCCCAAAUGCAAUACGGACAAAUGAUGAGAGCUCCACCAGUCUCGGUAUACGGUCAGAUGCAACACGCUCAACAGUACGCAGUGACGGCUCAUCCGAAUCCAGCCACGCCGUUCAUUUUACCAGAAGUUCGAGCGUUAUACGAAACUGGAUGUGGAUAUUUGGUUGAGAGGGAUUUAUGCUCAGAAGGAAUGAUUCCAUUCGGAACGACUGGUGUAGAUGCAAUAAUCACUCCAGAUGCCUUUGGAUUUUUGGAAACAAACCCAAUGGCUGAUGUGAUUCUUUCGGUUUGGCCAUCGGUGAAAGGAGGAAAUGAGCAAGAAACUCGAUUCCAAGUCUACGUUAACAAUGUAUGCGUGCUCAAUGAUGAGGCUCCAGUCAAAGUAGUAUCUGUCAAAGCACUCCUGAGAUCUGGUCCGAAUAGGAUUCAAUUCGGAUACUCUGGACCACAACAAAUACACAGUUUCGCUUGUGAAUUCGUCACCAAAAGAGGUAUUAGUGAGAUGCGAAGUUUUGUGAUGAGGAAGAGAGGAGCUGAGGCAAAUCUAUUGGCCAAUCAACAGAAAAAUAUCCAUCAACAAAGCGCCCUCAAGAAGAACGCUGGAAUCGUUACUGUCGGUUUGAACUGCGGCCUGACGAAGAAGAGAAUGCUCACUCCUGCACGUCAUCAUGAUUGCAAAAAAUGCGUUUUCGACUUUGCUCAAUUGAUCAAUAUCAACAAGAACAAGACGAGAUACUACUGCCAAUCUUGUCAAGCACACUUCAAAUUGGAUGAUAUCAAUAUCGAUUGGUUCUUGAUGAACUUUACCACCGCUUGUCCCGCCGGAGUUAAUGAAAUCAUUGUGGACAAGAAUGGAGCAUGUCGACCAGGAGAUGUUGAAGAGGUCAAGCCAAAAAGAGGAAAGAAGAAGGCUGAAGCAGCGGCGGCGGUCGCCAUGGACGGAGGAGCUCAUCCGAUCAAGAGAAUCAAGUCGGAGAGUCAUGUGAAACAAGAACCAGGAAUGUUCCCUGAUAUGCACGGACGGAAUAUCCCAUUCAGUCCGAUGCCAAUGCCCGGAAGUGUUCCUCCAGACUGGACAAGACUGCAAAGUCCAUCGUUCUCAAUGCAAAGUCCAAAUAAGAUUCAACUCGGACCAGCCACUCCAGCCACUCCAGGAAUGGUGUUCCAGAAUCCCGCAUCCGCUGGAUCCAUGUUGAAUAUGUCGUCGCCACGGGGAACAAUGCUUCCACCACAUCAUCCAAUGAUGCCUCCACACGAUCCAUCGAUGCACAUGAGAUCCGGAUCCGCUCCAUACACUCCGGAAUCAGUGAAAAAUGAUAAGAACGAUGAGUUGUUGAUGAACAUUGAAGGAUUGUACAUUACGGAACAGAACAUUAUUGAUGAUCCACGUCUGUACCCACACUAUGUCGAGGGAACGAAGGAAGUCAUUUUUGAGGAUAUUCUGGUUUACGAAGUUGAAAACUCCCCAAAAGAGGUUCAACCCUCUGAGAAUACCCAUACUCUACUGGCUCCAGGAAGCACGUCUUCAUCGAAUGCUUCAACAUUCACACCUCCAUUUGAUGAUAUUCAUCUCGGAAACCGUCCAUCUCAUUAG